UUUUUAUUUUUAUUUUUAUUUUUAUUUUAUUCUAUCAUUUUAUUAAAGUCCAGCUUUAUUGCUAACUUUACUGUCUUUUAUUAUCAGAUAUGGCCCCAAAAAAGGCUGGGAAAAAGGCGGUGACGGUCGUCUCUGCUAAGCGGCCCAUUAAGGGCCCGUCACAAUCCCUGCGUUCUCCAACCCCACCUCAGUAUGGGGGUCAAUUGGAAUCACUGGUACCAGGGAUAUCAGGUGACCCUGUGGCUUUGGCACGUCUUGCUGCGGAGGUGGACGGCCUUAUCUGACGCUGUGCUUCCCAACCAUCGACUUCGCUGGUGCCUGCUCCUACGGCGCCUGCCUCUUCCCCGGUUCCGUCAUCAUCUAGUGAAGAUGGGAGUGAAGUUGCAGGGGCUGGGGUUUUGUUGUCGGAACCCCUGCCCCGGUCCCUUGCCUUACCUGUGCCUCAGGUUGGCUCGGGGGGGGGGAGAUGCUCAGCUAGGAGACGUUUGGGGAAGCGGGCCAGGAGAUCGACUCCUGCCAGGGCAAUUUUGCCAGCUCAGUCCUCCCCUGUUUUACCGUCGGGUUCGGGUCUCUCACAUGAUUUUUCUAUUCAGUCUACCUCAGGUGCCGCACAAGUUGAGGCAGAUGUGGACUCUUCAAUGGAGGACAGCUUGCCUGUUCCGGCUAAAUCUUCUUCCGGGGGGCAUCGCCGCCGUAAGAAGAGUUCCAAAAGACGUGCCAAGAGGAGGAGGGGCGAGUCUUCAUCUUCUUCCACGGGAACAUCUUCUGAGAGUUCGGGACGAGGCCGACACCUCCCUGGGUCUUUAUUGGGGUUUUGGAGAGCCCAUUGGUGGUUUGCCAAAAUGGGCAUGGCAACGCAGGGCUAAUUCACAUAGGGCCAGGUAUGGGGCAAUCCUUGAUUGCCGCAAUGGUAGAUUGGUUCCUGAUGUAAAAGUCUCUACUAACUCUGUUAGAGACAUUAUACCAGGGGCUCAUUUGUCCUCUAAAUUGCGGUCCAGGAUUUUGGAUGGUCGCUAUGUGGACAUUUUUGAUCUGGCACCACCAACCGCAAGCCUGGAUGCUCUUGACAAAGCUGUAUCUGCCCCAAAGAGGCGGACUGCGCUUAGAAAGACGGAUAGGACUUUUGAGCGCUGGCUGGAUAGCUUCCAGGUCUUUGCUGGGGUUGUCUCGGCUUCUUAUCCUCGGAGAGCUUUGCAUCUCUUUGUGUACCUGUCUAUUGUCCGCGCGGCACAGGCCAUGGCUGGCGGUGAGGCAGCAAUCCUUUACGAUGAAAAUUUUCGACGUCGCGCUGCAAAAAUCCCUACGGCUCGAUGGGACCGCAGGGAUUUGGACGUGUGGACCACUUACGUGGUCCCACAUUUUGAGAGGAAGGCCCUGGAACAGCCCAAGCCAAAGGCAGCCCCUGUUCGGCCCGGACGUAAGAUAAUCUGUUGGGGUUUCAACAAAGGAGAGCGCCAACGGCAGCCUUGCAGAUAUCCCCAUGUGUGUGAUAAGUGUGGUGGGAGUCACCCCGCUAGCAAUUGUCAAGGGGGUAAGCGGCCCUUUCGAGGGGGAAAAGGGGGUGCUCAGCAACCCCCAAAGGCCACACCCUCUACCUCUUCCGCUGGAAUUGGAAAGUAGUGAUUUACUGUCUAUGGCAUAUACGCCGAUAAAGCUGUCGGCAUUGUUGCCUUGGCUGCAGUCUUAUCCCAACCGCGAGGCUGCAGCUUAUCUGAAAGAAGGGUUUUCAGUGGGUUUUAGGAUUCCUGUAGCCACGGCGCCCGUGGCACGGAAUCCUCGCAAUCAGAAGUCCGUGUGGGAAAUGCCAGAUAUCGCCCGCAGGAAGAUUGGAAAGGAGUUGGCUUUACAUUGUAUGGCUGGCCUUUUUGCAGUACCCCCGUUUCCUAAGUUGCAUAUUUCGCCUUUGGGUAUUGUCCCGAAGAAGGCUCCGGAGGAAUUUCGCCUUAUUCAUAAUUUAUCUCACCCUAAAGGCACGUCAGUAAAUGAUGUUAUUCCCUCGGAACUUUGCUCAGUGAAAUAUGCAUCCCUUGAUCAGGCGAUCAAGAUGAUCAGGAAAUUUGGCCCCGGGGCCUUGCUGGCAAAGUGUGACAUUGAGUCGGCUUUUCGCUUGCUGCCUGUUCAUCCUGAGGACUUUUGGCUGUUGGGUUUCCAAUUUGAGGGGAAGUUUUAUUUUGACAAAGCUAUGCCUAUGGGCUGUUCCAUUGCAUGUGCUGCCUUUGAGUGUUUUAGUACCUUUUUGGAUUGGGCCUUGCGUGUUAAGACCGGCCUAGGGGGCGUGUCCCAUUAUUUGGACGAAUUUUUGUUGGCCUCAGCACACGACACGGGCAACUGCGUUGUGUUACUUGAGGCCUUUGCUUCCCUUAUGGAAGAAUUGGGGGUCCCCUUGGUGGUGGAUAAAACUGAAGGCCCAGCGACUCAAUUGACAUAUUUGGGCAUCCGGUUGGAUAACAAUGCCCAAACAUCCAGCUUACCCCCAGAUAAGAUAAUUACGCUGCGUAAGGUUAUUCGGGAGAUUCUUCCUUUGCGGAAGGUUACUCUGAGGCAGCUUCAGUCAUUAUUGGGUCAUUUGAAUUUUGCAUGCAGAGUGGUGGCGCCUGGUCGCCCCUUCUGCUCCCGUCUGGCCAGGCUCACGGCUGGACUACGGACCCCACAGCAUCGGGUGCGAUUGUCCGCGCAGGUACGGGCGGACUUGCAGGUCUGGCUGGAAUUCCUAGAGGAAUUCAAUGGUGUAUCCUUGUGGCAGGACGUUUUGAACCUCCACAAUGAUUUUCAAGUGCACUCUGAUGCUGCUGGUUCCUUAGGCUUUGGGUUGUACUGGAAUGGAAGAUGGUGUGCCAUGCGUUGGCCGCCUGAAUGGCAAGGGGAAGCGAUUACGCGAGACUUAACAUUUCUCGAGUUUUUUCCCAUUGCAGUAGCAGUGCAUUUAUGGGUCGCUGAAUUCAGGGACCGUCGGAUAUGUUUCUGGUCCGACAACCAGGCGGUGGUGAACGUGCUGGCAAAACAGUCGUCCCGUUCUCCCUUCUGCGGGCCUUCGUCCUUCAUUGUCUGAGGUUUAAUAUUGUGUUUUCGGCACGCUUCAUCCCCGGUAUAUCUAACGAGAUUGCUGAUGUUCUAUCCCGUUUUCAGAUGGAGCGAUUCUGGUCCCUGGCUCCAGAAGCUCAGAAGCUUCCAGAGUAUUUUCCACCGCACCUCUGGAAUCUUGGCAACACUUAGUCAUGCAGGGAGUAGCAGCUUCCAUUUCUACGUCCACUUUGCGAUCCUAUAAAAAAGCUUGGGCUGACUUUUUAAAAUUCACGCAGUCGGCGUCCAGCAAUUUUAAACCCCCUCCUACCACUUCUCAGGUCUUGCAAUACUUAGCUCAUUUGUUUCAGCUGGGCCGCGCUGCCAGAACUUUGAGAAUUCAUUCUGCAGCAAUUUCUUUUUUCAGCAAGUCCUUGUAUGACAAGGAUCCUUGUAAAAUAUUUGUGGUGCGUAAGGCCAUGGAAGGGUGGGGCAGACUUGCCCCCCCCCCCCAGGACGGCUGCCAGGCGUCCUGUCACCUUUGAGUUGUCGUCCAGAAUGCGCUCCAAAUUGAGGAGUGUGUGCUGGUCUAAAUAUGAAGCACGCCUUUUUUCAGUGGCGUUUUCAUUAGCAUUUUUUGGAGCCCUCCGGGUGGGAAAGGUUGUAGUGGAGUGCAAUUCUGCUGGCGGUUCCCGUGGGUUGCUCUUCCAGGAUAUUAGCGUGUCCCCCCUGGAGUUGAGACUAUUAGUGCGCAACUCCAAAACUGACCAGUUGGGUCGGGGGGAGGUUAUCCGCCUCCCCGCCACUGGGGAGGCGGGCCCAUGCCCGGUCAAGGACAUAAGGAGGUACUUGGCCUUGAGGCCUCCUGGGGAUGGUCCCUUGCUCUUGUAUGAAGGUGGUCGCCCUCUGGCGCGUCACCAGUUCACAAAAAUCAUGCGUAAGGUCAUUGCGGCGUGUGGAAUCUCGGCAUCUGGUUUUGCCCCUCAUUCUUUUCACAUAGGGGCAGCGACCAUGGCAGCCCAUUGGGGUUUGUCAGCUGCCAGGAUUAAGGAUCUGGGGAGGUGGAAAUCUGAUGCCUUCAAGGGUUAUGUGCAUAACAAAUGUUGAUUUUGUUACUAAUGCUUGUUGUUUCCCUUGUAGAUCCCUCGCCGGUCCGCGUCUGGAUAGUGGGACACAGCAUCGUUCAUUGGGCUGGCAUCAGAGCGAGGCAAUCUGCCAGGGGAUCGUGUCUCGGCCUCCCUCAACACGUGCAAGUGUCAUGGAUUUCCAGACGCGGAAUGCUGUGGGAAGAGUUUUUGCUGCUUAUUGAGCGUCGGCUGCUUUCUUCCCCUCCCCCUACGGCCAUGGUAGUACAGCUGGGGGAAAAUGAUGUAGCAACUGUUGAUUGCCUUUCUUUGCGCUCCAUUAUCAUGAGGGACUUGGAGCAUUUGGCCGCCUUGCUUCCUUCUGUGAGAAUUAUUUGGUCUCACUUGUUGCAGAGGCAAUCCUGGCGCGGUGUUCCCCGCCCGGAGGCUGCUGAGAAGGCCAGGAAACGCAUUAACUCUGCAGUGUGCAAGAAGGUUUUGGAGCUGGGUGGUUUGGUGAUUCCCCACCCCAGCAUUUAUUUUAAGGCGG